GAACCGAGCAAGAUGGCGGAUGAUGAUGGUCCCAACAAGAGGGGAUCCAUGGAUAUCUCUGAUAUCGGUUCCAAACAGAGACUGGCAAGAGCAUUGGGAAGCUCGGUGCCGGAGGAGGAGAGAACGUCAGACGCUUCGAGUAAACGCCAACAAAUGAUUGGAGCCUUGGCCAGCUCUAUUACGUCUGGGUUGCCUCCUGAUUUGGGUAGGCAGCAACUGAUCGACAAUCUCUCCAACUCGUUCAAUCAAUCCUUUUCCAUGAAUGACGAAGAAGUGGAAGCACAAAUCCUCAUUGCCAUGGGUGGCGCUUCUGCCAGCAACUUGGAUUCCACAGAUGAAAAAACAGCUCGAAAAUCACGCAUGAGCGUUCGCAUGAACACUCGUGCUUCGGUCAUGAACGCCAAUCGAAGAGCCAGUCGUUUGAGUGUGGCCGGUGCUGGUAUGAAUGGGAGUAAACGAAUGAGUACUCGCUUGAGUAUCAGCAAUAGUCGCAUGAGCACUCGUAUGAGUGUGUCACGACGAGGCAGUGGCGGGUUUCUCAUGCUCAAGGAUUUGGAAGAGCGAGAUGAAUUUCACAAGAUACAGGCCGCCGCUUUUUUGCGAGAAUUAUACAAGCUUGCCGACGCGGAAAGCAACCAAGAAUUAAAGCAGACCAUUCUGACCAGGAGUACUUCCUCGGGUCCUGUUUCGGGUGGUGGCGGCGGCGCAUCCGGAGGCGAAUCCGAUGGUGAUAUCAAUUUUGAGGGGAUCGACUUGGCAUCGUUAACUCCCGCACAAGCCAAGGCCAAAAUCGAUGCCCUCCAUGCCGGAGGAAAAAUCGACGGUGAUAGCAUGAUGGCCUUGAUUCAAGCAGGAGUAAAAGUCCUUGGUGAAGAGGAGACUGUCAUUGAUGUUCGUGAAAUCCAUCCCAAUCUGCAAACAGUCACUGCCGUGGGUGACUUGCAUGGAAGUUUGGAGUGCCUCAUGGAAGUCCUCAAAAUGGCAGAAAUCGACAAAAUCUUUGCAGACGCAAAUGGUUCCAUCGUUGUGUUUGAUGGAGACUUUGUGGAUCGUGGAUUCAACAGUUUGGAAGUCAUUGCCACUCUUCUCUUGCUCAAACUGUCACACCCCAAGAAUGUGUUCCUAUUGCGGGGCAACCACGAGGAUUCCAUGACGGCAUCAUCGUAUGGCUUUCGUGAAGAAGUGGAUGAAAAGUAUGGCCUGGACAAGGGAGAUGAAAUUUGGUGGGAGUUUGGCUACCUCUUUGCCGCUUUCCCCAUUGUGGCUCGAACCAAUACCGCAGCAAUUAUGCACGGAGGCAUCUGCGUGGAAGAAUUCGAUCUCAGUGAUCUCAACGAAAUUGAUAAGGAGACUCGUUGUGAGAUGAAAACCAUUUCUGAUCCCUACGAUGAUGAUGAACGUCUCUUACAAGGCAUUUUGUGGAGUGAUCCCUCGGAGGAGCCGGGCAUCAAUUUCAGUGAUCGUGGGGCCGGAUUUACUUUUGGUCCUGAUAUUUCUGCCGAUUUUCUGGACCGGCAUGAGCUAAAAUACAUCAUUCGAGCUCAUGAGGUUGUGGAGGAGGGCCAUUGCAAGCAUGAUUUGGGAGAGGGUCGAGGUGUCAUUACCAUUUUCUCGUCUGCCAACUACCCUGCUGGGGAAGGCACCAACUCUGGAGCAGUCGUCUUCCUGAAUGAUCAAAGUGGUGAAUACACCACGAAAGAUUUCAUUCACAAAGAAGGAUCCGGGGAUGAUUCUGCAAUGCUUGCUGCUCUGUUGGGCACGUUUGUGGAUGGUCACAAGAGUCACUUGACCAAAGCCUUUCGUGAAAAGCAAAGCAAGGAUGGUGUGGUGACAUGCGAAGAGUGGGCUGAUGUCAUUGCUGAGCUCUUGGACCUCCCCGACAUCAGUCUGACGCUCUUGGCUAUGCAACCGGAACUGGCGCCUUCGACAGAAGAGGGCGGUGAUUAUAUUGAUUGGAACGCCUUUAUGAACCGGUACACAACUGUCCCCACAGCACAAGUGCUGGCAAAAGAUCAGUUGGUGGCCUUGAGUGAAAACAAGGACAAGUUUUUAGACAUCUUCCAGCUGAUUGAUACUUCCGGAGACGGCACAAUCUCCAAGGAAGAGUUUGUGUCUGGGAUGAAGAUGUUGAAUGAACAAGUCAACCAAAAGGUAGAGAAUGUGGAGAAGUUGUUUGAAGCAUUUGAUGAGGAUGGUGAUGGAGAGAUCUCCAUUGUGGAUUUCAGCAAGGCACUGCAAUCGUCUACUGCUUUGCAAGGUGUGACGGAAGCUCUAAAGGAUGACCAGGUGGAGCAUUUGAAACGCACCCAAGACAUGAUUGCGACCUCAUUCAAGUACUUGGAUAGCAACAAAGAUGGUGGGAUUGAUCGUUCGGAAUUUGAGAAAGGCUUUGAAGUAUUGAACAAGCGAAUGCCGGAACGUAACAAAUUUGGGAAGUAUGAGGACUGGUUCAAUACUUUCGAGUUGAAUGACAAGGAGCAAAUUGAUUUCGGUGCAUUCAAGCAAGUCUUUUGCUCCAUCUGA